AUGUCUGACUCCAUCGUCUAUUCCCUCGGGCCGUACCACAUCAUCUCCUAUGGCGCCCUCCUGGGAACGACUUUCUUCCAUUCCUUCGUCAAUGGCAUCACCAUGUUCCGUGUCCUCGAGCGGCCCGCCUUCUCCACCGCCCAGAACGCCCUCUUCCCCGUCUACUUCACCAUCCAGACGGCCCUCCCCACUGUCCUCGCCCUGACGUACCCGGGCAGCCGCGGCCUCCUGGGCGAGCACGCCAGCAGCAUCAGCGGCCUGCUCCAGGAGUCCAACCGCUACAGCGCGCUGCUGCCCAUCGCCACCAUGUUCGUCACCGGCCUCGUCAACCUCGUCGUCGUCCUGCCCAAGACCGUGACCGUCAUGAAGGCCAGAUACGCACAGGAGAAGAAAGACGGAAAGAAGAGCUACGAACCCGCGCCUCACUCGCAGGAGAUGCAAGCCCUCAACAAGUCGUUCGGUAAGCUCCACGGCAUCUCUACCCUCAUCAACCUCGCUGGUUUCAUCGCCAUGAUCCAGUAUGGCUUCACACUGGCCGCGCGCCUCGACUAAGAAAAAGGAUGAAAAAGCCGGUCAGCUUUCAUGUACAUCAAACAGUGUAAGGGAACGGUUCGCGUGGAUUAAAGUGUUUAGGUCGGCCAAAGCCAUUUAUUGGGAUCUGCUCAAGGCAUCAUCGUAUGCACAGGUUGGCACAACACUGCAAGAAAUGAAUACGCAAGCUUGUUUAUCAGAAAAUCCCCAUCUCAAUUCCUUUUUCUCUCUCCCUUGCCAUGAAUGCGGAACAAAAACCAUGACUCAGCCUCGAAUGAAACGCCCCUUUCCUUUCCCAGGGUAAUUUUAAUGGCAUUGCUCUCCGCACGCUGCUGCUGCGCCGAAACACUGCUGCCGUCUGAUGCCCUCUGUCCUCUGUCUCGGAUAGUCCGGGUGCUCUUCCCCGGUUCUUAAUACGCUCUUAGCUGGGUAUCUUCUUCGACUGGCACCUGAUGGCCGCCGCGAGUCC